AUGGACGUUAAGUUUCACGUUGGUCCGCUGGAUGAUGACGAGAAGUCAGGCGACGAACUGGAAUCAAACCGCGAUGAGGAACAAGAACUUCUCAUCACGCAUAAGCACAACAACGGCAAUAACAAGAAUAAUAACAACAACAAGAGCAACAGUAGCAAUAACAAAAAUAAUAAUAACAAAAAUAACAAUGGAAAGUUUAACACAUCAUCUAAUGUCAUAUGCAACGUUAAUGCUUGUUACUCAGACAACGUAGGUAGUGAUACGACAGUUAACAUCGCAACAAAUGAGCCGAAAUACGAACCAGCAAGCCACGUGUUAAAAACCUUUGAUGAAUCGUCACAUGGUAGAAAACUCAUGCAUUCCAAAAUAAAUGUUAGUGCAAGUUUUGAUGAGAAGACCGAGAAGCGAUCGAGCAGCAGCAGCGCAAGCGAGCCCAGCCACGACGACGAUGAUGACGAGAUGGCCGCCAAAUUCAAGAGCAAUCCGAACUUAAGUGGUCGGCGAAUUAGCAAUAUGAAAAAAAGCAAUGCUGAAGCCUACGUUAAUGUAAAUGACAAUUCAAAGAGCAACAACAGUGACAACAUAAGCAACAUCAUCGUCGUAAACAUCAGUGCAACCGGUAAUAGCAAGGAAGAUUUUUACAAUGAAAUUAAUAACAUUAGCGAAGGUGAUUUAAACAAAGCAGAAAAUUUCACACCAUUUUUAAGAGCUACAAAUAACACCAACAUUACAAAAAACGGUAAAUCAAUCAACAACAAUCACAUAAACCACAAAAUAGGGAAGGAUAACGGUAAUAUGAGCGUUCCAACAAUUGGCAAUAAAGCCUUCAUCCACAACAGCAAGUUGGAAAACUUAAAGAAAAUUGGUCGCCAGAGUGUGGAAUCUGAAAUGGGCAAGCAUUUCCUAAAGCCGAAACCUGAUGUGAACAUGCGAAAAUGGAGUUUAACUUCGGCUCCAAUCAUUACAGUCAAUGCAUUUGAGGGCGAUGAAUCGUUCAGCACGAAGACGGCCGAGUUGCAGGCUAUUUUUAACCGAAGGAGGUCAAGCAACAAUGAACAGAAAGAUGGAGAGCCCGCGACGAAAACAGACAAGAAUUGUGAGGAAAUAGAAAAGCAUCAAUCAGAUAAACAAUCGCAACGUAAAAAAAUGUGGGUGGAUUCGAACGAUCAUUCAUUCAGGAGCAGGUUGGGUUCGGACGAUAGCCACGAUCAAACGUCUUGUUUUCCCAACAGUAGCAUGUGGCUCCUAUCCAGCCAGAGCCACGCUCACAGCACAUCAAUGACAUCAACCGACGACAACGACAAGAACGACAACCAGUUCAAUGGCAGCAGCAACAGACUGACAGCCGUUGCAAAACACUUUUUUCAACGUCGAAGGUCCCAUCAGAACUGUCUGAUCAACACCAUGUCACCAGACGACGAAGAAAUAAUCACCUCAAACGCUAACAACAAAACGAAAUUGACAAAAGACAACAAAAAUAACAAAGACGAAAGAAAUGGUAGCAAGAAGUCCAGUAAGCAUAAGCCCAAACCGACGGGAAUCGAAGCCAUCUUGAGGCAGAGUUGUUCCGAUGUCCGCAACCUUUUGGUCGGAGAUGGUUCGCUGUUCUUCUCGGCAGGUGGAGGGCUGUCAAGUGGGGGGUUGUUCCAGAAGAACAGACGCCAGUCUACAGUGGGAUUGUUUCAACCGGGUCCAAGAAUAUCACCACUUCCGUUCGAGCAGCAUAAUGGAACUCCGGGAAUGCAUAUGAGGUUGAAUUAUUUUGGCGUACCAUACAUGAUGGGACCAGCAUUAACGUCAACAACAUCAUUAACAACAACGUCAUCGAUGACGUCAUCAAUUGCACCUGGCAUGACUACCACAAACAUUUCACCAUUGCCUCAAAAGCUGGCAACUCCUGCAAUCGUCUGCGACGGAGUCCUAACCGUUCCCUCAACUUUAGCUGAUCAACAGCUCAGCAAAAACAACACUGACAAUAACAACAACAUCAGCAACAACACUGAUAACAACAACAACAGCAAUCAGCUGACAGUGAAUUCUCUUGAUGCCAACUUUCUGGCGCUGAACAUGUUCGGCUCGCAACAGCAGCUUGUUGGGGGUCAAGCGAGACGGAGGUCAGUGAUGUUGACUCCUCGGUCAAGCUUCCUCGUAACCAAUCAACCUUCUUUGGACUUCAGAGAUUCAGAUCUGAGCAUCAACUACCCAAACUGCAACGAAGACAGGAAAUUAGAGGCAGCAAGCGGAAGUUGCAUGAGAGUUGCCAAGUUAAUCAAACCGUGUGCGUGGGUAAUCUCCAUUUUUGAAAAGUUAUUCAAAACUUUCCUGGAUUCAUGA